AUGUUCAUCAAUUUUGUAAUUCGCCCACCCAGGGCGGAUUAUAACCCAGAUCAGUAUUUAUGGGAGAAGGAUUUCACUCUUGCUGGUAGAGCAUACAAGAGACAAGACUUGGAGCUUACCAAUGCGAGGGGUCUUACCUUGCGAUGCAGCCAUUACUUGCCUUCGCUUUUCCCCGAAGAUACUCCUCUUCCUUGCGUUAUAUACUGUCACGGAAACAGUGGAUGUAGAGCAGAUGCAAAUGAGGCUGCUGUAAUUCUUCUUCCAUCAAAUAUCACUGUUUUUGCUCUUGAUUUUUCGGGUUCUGGCUUAUCUGAUGGUGAUUAUGUGAGCCUUGGUUGGCAUGAGAGAGAUGACCUCAAAGUAGUGGUCUCAUAUCUAAGAAGCAACAAACAAAUAUCACGUAUAGGUCUGUGGGGACGAUCCAUGGGCGCAGUCACUAGCCUUCUCUAUGGAGCAGAAGAUCCAUCCAUAGCUGGAAUGGUGCUGGAUAGUGCCUUUGCAAAUUUAUUUGAUCUAAUGAUGGAACUCGUUGAUGUGUACAAAAUCAGGCUUCCAAAAUUUACAGUUAAGAUGGCAGUACAGUACAUGCGACGGGUGAUUCAGAAGAGGGCAAAAUUUGAUAUUAUGGGUCUUAAUUGCCUAAAGGUAGCACCCAAAACAUUCAUUCCUACUCUAUUUGGGCAUGCUAGUGAGGACAAAUUCAUCCAACCCCACCACGCUGACCUCAUCUUUAAAUCCUAUGCAGGGGAUAAAAACAUGAUAAAAUUUGAUGGCGAUCACAACUCUUCUCGGCCACAGUUUUAUUAUGACUCAGUUUCCAUUUUCUUCUUCAAUGUCCUUCAUCCUCCUCCAACUUCAGCUUCUUCAAAUAAGCUUGAGAGAUAUUAUGAUUUGGGUGAUUUGAAAGUUGGUGCUGGCAUGGAUGAGAGCCUCCUGUAUGAGAUAAUCACAGGCCUUCGUUCUGCCUGUACCGAUGCUGCAAGUUCUUCUUCUGUUCCUCCUAGCAUUCCAACCACAAAACCUGUGAGCGAACUACUUUCUGAAGCUGCACCGUAUGCUAAUAUAGUGGACUCAAUGGCUAAUGAAAAUUCUGGACUUUGCAGCGAUGAUCCUUCUAAUUUGCUGGGAAAGCCAAAUGGCCAGAGUGAGGAGUGUUGCUCAGAUACAAGCUCCAAUAGAGAGAGUUGGGGAAGAUGCUCCUCCCUAGGAGGCAGUGAUGAAGAAUCUCCUGCUGAAUGCAGAGAUGCGGACAAUAGCCAUGAGAUGACUCUAAAGGCGUUUGCAACACCUCUAAGAAGCAUACGGCAAAAAUCCCCAGACCCAACAAAAGAGGAGAAGAAGAAGAAGAAGAAAGCUCUCAAAGUGCCAAAGAAGCUCAGGGGUGAGAAAUUUGAAAAGCUUGAGGCUCUCACCAAACGUCUACGCCAUUGCAUUCUAAGGAGGGUAAACCAUCAGAGGCAUCGUUCUUCAUGA